GACCCAAGCUUUGAGUCACAAAAGAAGCAAGGAGGUUCAGUUUUAUGAGACAAUUCGACCAUUGAAGCUGAAAUAUAUUCCGUGUAGUUAUUCCCUUGAAAUUCCCAGCCGUAUUGAUUUCAAUUGGGCUAUGAGAAUAUUUAUUCGUCCCAAGAUUUUAUUCUAAUUACCUGGAUACCUAGGAUAGGUACCUGUCAUCUUAUAAUAACCUCAACUUAUACCCAACUUCUAACUUCAACCUACCCCUGCAAGCUAAGACGGGAUAAUACGAGAUACCGAACAGCUUCAAGUCGACUCUAAUAACUAUGGCAGAGCAGACGCAAAGCUUCGUAGAUAUCCGGCCGCUACUCCAGCGCUUAUGGCCUGACCCGGCUGCGCAGAACGUAACAGCCCACGAGAUUGCAGACGCCCUCGCCCUCAUUUUCACCAACCAGCUCAGUCCCGUUCAAACCGGCUCGCUGCUUACAGCUCUACACUUCACCGGCUGGGACCGUCGGGCCGAUGUCCUCGCCCAGGCUUCCGCUGCUAUGCGCCGGCACGCUGCCCAGAUCGACUCGGGUGCUCUGAACGAGGUUAUUGCAAAGCGGCGGAGGCCCGAAGGUAAAUAUAACGGCGGGUUGUGCGACAUCGUCGGCACGGGCGGCGACUCUCACAACACCUUCAAUAUCUCCACCACAUCUUCCAUCCUCGCCUCCUCUCUCCUCCUCCUCGCCAAGCACGGAAACCGCGCGUCGACGUCGAAAUCCGGCUCGGCGGACCUGCUCAUGAACAUGCAGCCGCAGCCGGCGCAGCUCGACCGCAUCAACCCCUCCACCAUCGCCGACGUGUACGCGCGCACCAACUACGCCUUCCUCUUCGCGCCCGUCUUCCACCCCGGCAUGAGGCACGUCGCCUCCGUGCGCAAGGAGCUCGGCUGGCGCACCAUCUUCAACCUCCUCGGCCCGCUGAGCAACCCCCUCGGCGACGCCAUCGAGGCCCGCAUGCUGGGCGUCGCCCGCGACGACCUGGGCCCCGUGUUCGCCGAGGCCCUGCGCCUCACCGGCGCCAGGAAGGGCCUCGUCGUCUGCGGCAAGGAGCAGCUGGACGAGGUGUCGUGCGCGGGGCCGACGCUCUGCUGGCAGCUCGUGGAGCACGGCACCGGGUCCGUCGACGUCGAGCACUUCACCCUGGAGCCGGCGGACUUCGGGCUGCGCGCGCACUCGCUGAGCGCGGUGUCGCCGGGCCGCGAGCCGCGCGAGAACGCCGCGAUCCUGCUGCGCCUGCUGCGCAACGAGCUGCCGCGCGACGACCCGAUCCUCGCGUUCGUGCUGAUCAACACGGCGGCCUUCCUGGUCGCCGCGGGCGUCUGCGAGGCGGACGAGAGCGCCAUGGGCCCUGGCGACGACGGAAAAGUCGUUGCGGAGCGCGGGCCCGGGGGCGGCCGCUGGAAGGAGGGCGUGCGCCGCGCGCGGUGGGCGAUAGAGAGCGGCGAGGCGUGGAGGCAGUGGAGCGCUUUUGCCGAGGUUACGAAUAGCUUACCUGCGUGAGAAGGUUCUACCGCGUCUGUCUAGAUAGUGUCUACCUAACCUAACCUAACCUAACCUAAUCUAUAGGUUGGCUAAUUAGUUAGUAGCAUAAUUAGGAGCUGGAGCUGGAGCUGGUGGCUAUUUUGGGAAGCUCGCACAUUCCUCGUUGUCUUUUUCUUUUUCCGUCUCGAGUUGUGUGUGAUACCAGAGAAGAAACAAGAUGAAAAUUAUAUAUAUAUUAGGUAUAUAUAUAGAGAGAGGGGGGGG